CAUAUUCAAAAGUCAUUCUUAGACACCUUUCUGGAGUUAAACUAGUCCAUUUGGAGUUUCAGCGUUGCAAUAUUUCGAAUCUGUUACUCACUGCUACUUUCCGAAGACUCAUUUAGAGGUUUGGUAAACUUUCGCGCCAAGUUUGCAAGGGAUCUUUCAUCUAUAUUUGGAGUUAGCUUGCUCACAGCUUACACGAAAACCUAAUAACAACUAGUUGUUAAGGGUUUUCUUUAUUGACACUAAAAUGUCGCUUCCUCGGAAAGUCAGUACGUCAUCAAAAAGUGAAGAUGAAAGAAAUAAUUGUCGAAAAAUGUCAAUUAUCCUGAGUUUUCUGGGCUCUAGCAAAGGAAGAGUUUUCGGAAGCAACACAUGCAUUACUGAUGUCUCUUGCUGUGUUCACUUAUUGGAUGACAGUUGUAUGUCAAUUUCCUUAUCAAAUAAAGCGUUUGGUCGAUCCAUUCUUGAAGUUGUAUGCGAACGACUUGGUGUCUUAUCUCAUAUUUCCUACUUUGGACUGCGUUAUUGUGACAAUAGCGGAAUGAAUCAAUGGAUCAAUUUGAAUGACAAAAUCAGCAAACAACUGAAAGAUGCGAAAAAUUCUACAUUGGGCUUUCGAUUCGUUUACUAUCCGAAUAAUCCUUUGAAAUGCUUCCCUAAUCAAACAAUCCGUCAUUUAUUUUUCCUCCAACUGAGACGCGAUUUCUAUGUUGGCCGUUUAAGAGCUCAACCACUGAAAACCUACGAAUUGGCAGCGUAUGCUAUACAAGCUGAACAUGGUCUUCACGAAGUACCUCAAGGAUUCGAUGUGGAUACUAUUCCCGGUGGUAUGCGUGUCCUUCCGAAUUUAACAACAGCCAUUGUAAGAGGAAUCAAAACACAGCUGAAAAAAAUUAUUGUUAUGUCCAAAAUUGAAGCACUGGAGAAAUUUAUUGAAAAUGCCUCAAAUAUUGAAACCUAUGGCAUGGAACCUUUCCAGGUCCAAGAUCAACGACAAAACGGAUUAUGUAUUGGUUUCAAUCACAAAGGCAUUUCAAUUUUCAAAGAUGGUUGCAGCAUCAACGUUUUUGAAUGGGGAUUUAUUAAAAAUAUCUAUCCGGCUAAAAAGAACCUGGUUCUCAUUGUCAGUCGUGGAGAGCUUGGAGAAGAAAAAAAUAUGGUUCUUGGUUUCAAGUGUAAAUCUUAUUCCGAAGCAAAAACCCUCUGUCUACGUGCGCUCAACUGUAAAACAUUUAAAGAAAUGCAACUAGAAGAAGUGUCUCUUAUUGCUCAACCUUUUAGAACAUCUAGCAUUUUGAGUUAUCGGCCAUCUGAACUUAUUCCUCAGGACUCUUUAAGUGAUUCCUCUGACAGCUUACAAUAUUCUUCAUCUAAUACUCAAGGUAAUCCAAACAUAGAAAUCCAGUUAGAUUUAACAACAGAAGCGACAGUCAGUGACCUUGCUGAAACAUCGAUCAGUUCAGAAACAAGUGAAAGCUCAGCCUGGCCAGUCGGUUUUGAGCCAUUCAGUGAAAAUAGACAUAGCAGUCAAGACGUAGAAAAUACUUCACUUACUCCUAGUCUAAAUGAACAGAGGCACAGUCUAAUUUCAUCGUACUUAGAUCCUCCAGCUAAAAAUGUUAAAAGAGAUAGUUUGGUGGAAGUAUGGAAUUGCGCACUCCAACAGAACCUAAACCACAAGUUUCUGAUCUUUCAUGGCGAUAUAAACGUACACCUCACUUAGUUAAUGGGUCUUCAAUCAAUUUGAAUGAUAAAACGUCUCAAUAGCCAGUCAUAGGAGAAAUAGCAUAUACUGUGGAAUACACUGAGUAAUUUCACCUGUUAAACAACCAAGCAUAAUUGGAGACUAUCAAUACGUGCAUUUUCCCACCAUAUCAAAUUAUGCAGACGAAGCACUGAUUACUUCAACAAUUUAAGAUAAUAAUAUUGAUCGUAACAAGAAUCUAAUAAACACUUUUGGAUUAAGUAAUACUGCUCUAUAAUGUAUCUCCUUUCUUUACACUAUAAAUGAUUUGUUAAGACGAGAAAUACCCUAGGAAACACAGAAUAAAACUGAUAAAAUGUGGUCUUUCAUAAUGUACAUUGUAUAGAAAUACUUAUCAUACCUAGUUUCUCUUUCAUUUUCACCAACUUCUUUCCUCGCUCGUUUUUAUUCACUUAUACCGAGCCACAAUCAUCUUGGUAUUAUUACUGUCUACUUCCUCAAUAUUUUUUAUACUUUUAUGAAAUUAUACAAGAUGGAAUACAGAUUAAGUAUAAUUAUGUGAGCAAAUCCACCCUUAUACUUGCU